UGAAUAAUUUUAUAUAAAUAUUUCGUCAGUUUCAAAGCAAUUUUGUAUACUUCAUUUUUAUUAUGAUCAAAUAAUUUGUUUUUUCGGUGUGUAUAACUGGAUACAAGUGGGGGUGAAAAUUAUUGAUAUUGUGAUAAAGGACAUACCAUUUGAUAAGGAAACUGGGAUAUAGUAUAAAAACGUUCCUUGCUUGAUGGAUAAAGUACACUAUUUUUUAGUAAACAAACAUGAAGAUUCUUCUGGUAUUAGCAGCUGUUGUGGUAGCAGCAUUGGCUGAUGGAUAUAUCCAGCCAGAGUGGUACCCAACAGUACCCAGACAGUACUCAAACAGUUCCGGGUUGAAAAUAGUUGCUGGAUCGAACGCCGCCAGAAACCAGUUCCCCUACCAAAUUUCUCUGCGUGUCAUUUCUGGAAAUUUCCUAUUCCACAUUUGCGGAGGUUCCAUUCUCAGUCAAAGAUGGGUCCUUACGGCUGCUCAUUGCACACAAUAUUCCGCUGAACAGUUCAGAGUAACUGCCGGUAUUCUGCUGCAAACCGACAGUGGAAUUGCCAACCAACAAACUGUAGGCGUUUCUUAUUAUAUUAACCACGCAGAGUACCCAGGAGGUUCCACUGUUUCUGCUAACGACAUCGCCGUUAUCCGUUUGGCUAGUCUUCUAACGUACGGUGUCAACGUACAACCCAUCGCCCUUCCAGCUGCUGGUUCCGUACCUAGUGGUGAUGCUAUCGUUUCGGGUUGGGGAUCCCUUGGACCUCCAAGCAACGACUCACCCAACAAUCUUCAAUUUGUUCAGCUUCCAAUCUUGGCAAAAACUCAAUGCGCCCUUACAAUUGCUGCAAUCUCUGGAAUCAUCAACCCCUUCAGAUCUGCCCUUAACGUUUGCACCACGACCCGUUCAUCUUCAAGCAACGAAGCCGUCUGCAGCGGUGACAGCGGUGGCCCAUUGGUCAUUAACUCUCAACUGAUCGGUGUGGUUUCCUGGGGAUACAGUCCAUGCGGAACCUCUGGAUUCCCAUCAAUAUACGUCGACACUGCCGCUUACAUCGAUUGGAUCCAACAAAAUACUAACAACCUGUCUAACUAAUACAAUUAAGAAAUAAUAAUAACUAGUCGAAUUAAAAGAAUGAAUUGAAACAAUA